GAAAAAUUUGAGGACAAAUAUAAGAACUGCACAAAAAAUAACCAUGAUAGAUACAUUGACAUUAAUGACCUUAGUUUAAAUAGAUUGCCAGAGAAUUAUCAGGAAAGCGAACUUUUGUAUUUCAUUACACUCCAAGCUGCAUUGACCGGACGUAUUUGCGUUUCUGAGAAUAUGGAACGAAUCAAGAAAAGAGGGACGGGCUUCGUUCAAAAAAUAAGGCAAGGUAAACUAAGUAAAUGCCCAUGUCAAAAAUGCAACGGCGAAUACGACGAGUAUGCCGUACUGACAGUCACCACUGUAAACCACGUUGUCGGUGAGAAUGGAAGUGUAAGAAACGCAACUAUGUUGUUAGAGACACCAGAACUAUCUUUCACAAUUUACGGAAACAAAAUUUCCAAGACAGAUCGAGAUGAAGAUAAUAAUGAAGAUUGGUGUGCGGUUGAAUUUGUCUCUCACGAAAUAGAAAAAGUUCAAAAAAUUGAAACCACAUUAAAGAUUUUAAAGGAAGUGCAAGGGAACCUCUACGACAAGUACAGACAUGAUGCCACCUUGGUUGUAAUCACAGGAUAUCCACAUGGUCUAACCAAAAAAGUAAGUUUUGGUAAGCUUGUGGGUGAAAAAGAAAUCCUCAAGGAAGUUAGGGUUGGUCAAGAGUGGUGUAGAUAUAAAUACGACGCUAUUACGUGCCCUGGAAGCAGUGGUUAUCCUGUGUUUAUUCUUGGUCAGCCCGUCUGUGGGUAUGGUUACUGGUUUGGACACUCACACAACCAC